UUGGAAGACAUUUUUAAUUUAGAAAUUUGGAUACCGCGUCUGACAACUUCACAUAUAAACAUUGGUCGCGCGCUCAAUAAGGACUCUGAUAAAAUGGCAAAACUGUUUUCUGAUGCUCUUUUGUUAAUUGUGAGUUUGUUAAACAUUUUCACCGUGGGUGCAUCAUUAUCCCGGACAGGAGACCUGCACUCAUCUCUAGUCUUCUCUGAUGAUCCGAACAGUGUUUCGCAUCAGCAGACAAAAGCAGAGCUCAAUUCAGCAUCACAGUCCCACACAAGAACCAAGCGCUGCACUUGCUACUCCUUCAAGGACAGGGAAUGUGUUUAUUACUGUCACCUGGGCAUCAUCUGGAUCAACACCCCACAGCGCACAGUUCCGUAUGGCAUGUCAAGUUACCGCAGCCCUCAGCGACUGAGACGCUCCAGUGGGACAGUAAGGAUGGUACUUCAUCGCUGCACAUGUGCAGACCACAGUGAUGCCCAGUGCUACAACUUCUGUGAUGCAAGGUACACAAAACUAAUUCAUAAGCAAAAUAAUCUGUAUUAUUUAUUGCAUUUAACUGUAUUAUUUAUUGCAAUUAAUUGUAUUUAUUUAUUCAUGGGAAAAUAUAAUAGUAGUUUUUUUCUGUGUAUUGAUACAUUCUGAAAUUCU